AGGCAAAAGCUUUGGAUAAUAUUUUGCAUUGAUGCGAAAAGACGCGCAAGCGCCAAUUGGUAGAGUUUACUUAGUUUUCGUUACACUGUGUACGUGUGCAGUUAAAAAUCAAGUGAUCAUCUAUUUUCAUUUGUCUAGAAGCAAUUGCUCUCGAGUGAUUCAAUGUCUGCCAUUCUCGACGCAUGUGGAAAUGAUACUGGAUCACCCUCAAUAUCAAAAGCUGAGGAUAAUUUAUCCAAUAGUGACGGACCGUUAAUUAAAAGCUGUAUUCGUCAAAAUAGUUGCAGUAGUGUUCAUAUAAGUUGCGAGAACGUUAAUCGAACAAUUGUAUCAUCUCACAUCAUGUCAGCAUCUAACAAAAAAUUAGCUAAAAGACGCUAUUGUCUAUGGACCUUAACUUUUAUUCUAGCAAUAAUUGGAUUAUGCAAUCUCUUCCUCAAUAUUACCGUGAUUGCUGUUUUGCGAAUCAAUCAAGGGAUGGAAGCGAUGGAAAUGAUACCCGAUGAAAAUCUUGUAAAAUUUUAUGGAAAAACUGACUUAGAUAAGAUAUGCUUGCAAUCAGGAGUUUGUCAAAGUUACGGAGAUGAACCAAUGGAAAUCUCUGGUGACGAAGCAGGUGUACAAAUAGAUGUAAAUAAUCAACGAUCAUACGAAGAAACACGCGCUAAAAUGAUGAUUUUAUCAAAUGGUACCACUAUAUCAAAAAUAGAAUCUUUCGAAGUAAAAGAUUUUAAAACUGGGAUUAUUUACUUUACUACUGAUUUUCCAAAUUUCGGUUUGCCUGUUGGAGUGGAAAAAAUUGAUGUGAAAAUUGCAGAAACGCAUAGAAUCACAUCACCAGUUAAUGAAAGUCUCAUUGUAAAUUCCGACGAUCAAAUUUCUAUGCAAGGAGCAGAAGGUGCCAGUAUAGAAAGCAAAAAUAUCAUCUGGAGCGCAGAUACAGAUAUUUUUUUAAAAAGUGUUAAUGGAAGCAUUAUCCUUGAUGCUAAAGACGGUGUUUCUAUUGAUACAAAAAAUAUACCAAUAACACCAUUGUUUUUACAAAAUCCAUCUGGUCAUGAACAAUAUAAAGUUUGCAUUUGUAUGCCACAAGGAAAACUCUUCAAAGUACCGAUUCGUGCUAACAGUCGAUCAAUAAGCUGUGCUCGCAUCAAUCGAACUCCAGAAAAUGAUCCUUGUUUGCGAUAGAAUCAAACAUGUAUUUGAAUUUUUCAUUCAAUUUUAUUAAAAUAUUUAAUACUGCCAAGUACACGAAAUUAGAAAUCUUGAUUUGACACUCGAUUUACGAUUUGAAUAAUCAAAUUAGCAAAAUAUUUUAAAUCUUUAAUUAAUAAAAUAUGUAUUUUUCCGGAAAUUUGGAAAAUAAUAUAGAAUUGAAUUAUAUAUUUUACCACUAAUAUAUACAUAUAAUUCAGACUUUAUUCGAGAUAUUACGUACAAAUUCACACAUAAUAUCAUUAUGUAAAAACAUUGACAUUAGUUAAUAUAUUAUUGCUAAUAAAAAAUCAUACAUUUUUGAAAUUUGUGUAUAAUACUAAAUACAUCAAUUUUUGUAUCAGAUACUCAAGAUUAUCAAUAAAAUUAUAGAAAAUA